AUGUCUUCCUUCAAGCUUAAGGUCAUCGCAGUGACUGGUGCUGCCAGCGGGAUCGGACGUGCUGUGGCCCGCGAAUGCGCCUCUCGCGGUGCCCGUCUCGCACUGGCAGACGUACAAGAAAAGCCUCUGAAAGAGCUCGCCGAAGAACUUAAGUCGCAAGGUGCAGAAGCUACGGUGACGAUAGUUGAUGUGUCGAGCUCGGAGAGCGUGGACAAGUGGAUCGACAGCCCCGUGGAUUUUUAUGGCCGGCUCGAUGGAGCGGCGAAUAUCGCGGGCAUUGAAGGCGACCAAAAGGUCUUCUGCAGCAUCUCCGAGUUGAAAAAUUCAUCUUGGGACAAGGUCAUCAACGUCAAUCUGACCGGCCUUUUCUACUGCUUGCGAGCCCAACUCCGAGCAAUGAAGCACGGCGGCGCGAUCGUCAAUGCUGCUAGCAUUGCCGCGCUUCGAGGCAGGGCCGGUAUCUCAGCGUAUAGUGUGAGUAAAUCUGGCGUUGUUGGCUUAACCAGAUGUGCCGCCGCCGAGUCUGGCGUUCGAGGCAUCAGAGUGAAUGCAGUAGCACCAGGUCCAGUCCAAACACCACUGAUGGACAGAGUCCUCUCCGAGACUGGCGGCGGGACCGAUGCCGUUGACUCUAACCUCACCAUUCCGAGAAUGGGAACGCCGGAAGAAUUGGCGAAAACCUUCGUCUUUCUGCUUAGUGACGACUCGAGUUGGACUACGGGAUGUAUCUACACUGUCGACGGAGGUGCAAUGUGCUGA